AGUUACCCGCCCUAACAGCCACGGUGGAGAGGUGGACGUCGCCUGCUUAGUGACAGACACAGGCGGAUCCUUCUCCUCCUCCUCCCGCCCCCAACAGCGAGAGCCAAAAAAAGACCGUUUCUUGGUUGUCUAGCAACCAGCUCCGGCUAAAGAAGCAUUGGAGCCCGCCCUGGGGAUUGCAGUCUUUUGCCCGUACGGGUUCUGUUGUGCCUAGAGACAAUCCCGGCCGGGUUGGACUACAGCUACCGAAAGCCCCCGGGAGAAAGCUCACCUUCGCACGCUUCCUAAUGCAGGGACAUUUAGAGUCUGUGGAGGCGGAGGAAAGAGUCGCGACGUACAAUCCAAGACCCGUCUGGGGUGGAUCGUCGAAUUCGUUUACCCUCAUGGGGGAAGUCGGAGGAGAGUCGGACUUGGAAGAAUCUCUGGAGCGGUAUCACCGAGGCUUACGUGACCGUGCUACUAAAAGCCUUGAUCAACUGAAGUGUGCCUUGGAUGAAGAUCAUUUGGCAAUGGGAGAAAGUGCAGCUACAUUUGCUCAGUUACUUCCUAAUACAAGCCAUGAAGAGGGUGAGGAGAGAGCUUGGCAGGAGCUGCAGUACAGCCAUGCAGUUAAUCAACUUAAAGCUUUGUUACAACAACAAGAAGAAAAAGUGAGUGAAACAUCCCCUUCAAGGAGGAGGAGAAUGUUGCCUGCAAGAACUUCCACAGAUCAGAAUUUGCCUGCACUUUGUGAUCUUGUUCCCAUCAUUAAUGAUCAGUCUCAAUAUAUUCACCAUUUAGAGGCUGAAGUCAAGUUUUGCAAGGAGGAAAUGUCAGAACUGAAAGCUCGUAUACAUGUAGUUGUGCUUGAAAAUGAGAAGCUCCAUGAUGAUCUGAAAACGUUAACAUUUGAGCAUACUUUGAGAGAGCAAACGCUGCAUGAUGUCUUAUCAGCUCCUCAAAAUUCCCAUGGUGUAAGUGGCAAUCAUUCCCAUGUUUGUGAAGCUGCUAAAUCAUCUUCUCAUAAUGAUGGACAAGCCACAGCAGCUAUGUUAGAGAUGGAGAAAUGGCAGCUAGAGCUGGAAAAGCUAAAACGUCUCCAUGAUGAAAAGACAGAAGUGCUUGAAGCUCAGGUGCAAUCCUUAAGGAAGGAGUUAGUAGAAUCACAAAAAAACUGUGAAGAUCUGAGUGGAAGAUUAAAGCAUCAACAUUUGCUUAGUGCAUCGAGUAGUUCCAAUAGGGUUUUUGGCCUGUGCUUAAAAUGUGCACAACAUGAAGCUGUUAUUUCCCAAACUCAUUUAAGUGCCCACAUGCAAGCCAUUGAAAGACUAACAAAAGAGAGAGAUGAAUUAAUGAUAGCACUUUCUUCAGUCAGAGUAAACCUAAGUGAAAUUCAGCAAAGGGAAUGUAAUGCCUAUGAGCAAGUGAAGCAUGCUAUACACAUGACUGAUGAAGCCAAUUUGGAGAGAACUAAGGCUCUAGUCCAGUGUGAACAGCUUAAAAAUGAGAUGGAGAGGCAGAGAGAACGUCUUGAGAAGGAGUUUGCAAUCCAACUAGAAAAGAGAGUUGGAGAGCAUGAUGCAGUUUGUGAAGAAAUGAAAAAAGAAAAAGAAAAUUUGUCGUCUUUGGUGAUGACUUUAUCUCAGAAUGUGGCUAGUCUGGAAGCUCAGGUUGACAGGAUUACCAGGGAGAAGAUUUCUUUAGCAAAUCAGCUGGAAGAAGCUCAGAAUCAAAAUGCUUCUCAUGAUAUGGAGAUUAAUAAGGUGUGUGGAGAAAUACGUUAUCAAUUGAAUCAGACCAAAAUGAAGAAGGAUGAGGCUGAAAAGGAAUACAGAGAGUAUAGAUCAAAAACUAGAAGAGAACUUGAAAUUAAAGACCAGGAAACAGAAAAAUUGCAAGUAGAACUCAAUGAAAAUAAACAACGCUUGGAACAAGCACUGCACAAUACAUCAAGAGCUAAGGAUGAAUGUCUGAAAUUAGCAGAGUUGCUGGCUAAAGCUGAGCAUCAACUGCACCUCACCAGGUUAGAAAAAGAGAGCAUUCAGCAGAGCUUUAGCAAUGAGGCAAAGACCCGAGCCCUUCAGGCCCAGCAGAGAGAGCAGGAGCUGACACAGAAGAUGCAGCAAAUGGAGACCCAGCAUGAUAAAACUGUCAAUGAACUGGAUUCAUUGCUGAGAUCCCAGAACACACUCCUGUCAAAAUUAAAAGAAGAAUGUUGCAUGCUGGCAAAAAAACUUGAACAUUUCACAGAAAAAAACAGGUCUGAAAUUGGCCAGCUUAGUCAGGAAAAUGAUUAUGUCUGUGACAGACUUGAGAAGAUGCAAAAAAGAAAUGAUGAAUUGGAGGAACAAUGUAUCCAACAUGGAAGGAUACAUGAGAAAAUGAAGCUAAGGUUGCACCAGCUGGACAAGCAUUGCCAGACCACUGCCCAGCAGCUAGUGGAGUUGCUCAACAAGCAGAAUGAGCUAUACAAGGAAAGGCAGAUGCUGACAGAAGAGGUGGACUUCUUGCGGACUCAGUUACAUACUUCCAAACCACAGAAAAACAGUAUUUCUCAGUAAGUCCACUGAAUCUCACAGUAAUUGAAGCCCACCCACCCCGUGGCUUCAUCCUGUUUAGCUACUGCUUUGGGGAGUCAAAGGAAGCACUGAAAUGGAGGAGGAAACUGAGAAGUGUCAUUUCAAGAUGUAGUACAGUGUGAAGAUGAAACUGACAAAUGGGAUUUCAAGAUGCACAGAGAGGAUAAUCAGUUCUGCUGAAGAAAGUACCAAUAUACUCAAGGACUUUGGAUCUUGAAGAUUUUCAAAAAAAAAAAAAAACCCUGAGGAAUCUUAUAUUGCAUCUGGAUGUGCAGUGGUCAGCUUCUAGAAGCCUAGGUUUAUCAUAAUUUCAACAACCUACCUGAAAUACGUUAUCAUGGGCAGCAAAUUUCUGAAGGAGUGUAAAGUACUGUUCAUCCGAGGACAGCCCUGUCAAGCAAGAAAGUGCCAUGCAAAGAACAUGUUGUGCAUGAAAGUAUUUUCCCAUGUUACAGAAUUAUAUAUUCAUCAUUCUAAAUAAGUGUUGUAGUAACAAGAACUUGUGUUUAAUUUUGUACAUGUUGGCAGAAGAUACAGUAGAGUUGGAAGAUACUGUAGAGCUAUAGAAGAAGUGCAGAAAAUGCCAAGAAUAUUUAGUGAGGUAUUAGAACAACACAACUAUGAAGAAAGGUUACAUCAUCUGGGACUGUUUACCUAGAACAAAGCCAAGUGAGGAAAGACAUAAGUGUACAAAAUUAUUCAAGGUAUGGAGAAAGUAGAUACAGAGGUAUUUUUCUUACUGUUUCAUAGUAUUAGAUCCUGGGUCAUUGAGUAAAGUCGACUGGUGGGAGUUUCGGAUCCAUCAAAGGAAGUCCUUCACGAAGCACAUAGUCAAAUACACUGGCAUAAGAUCUAGUGAUGGUUGCCACUGGAUGGCUUUAAACAGCUUUGGCAAAUGCACAAAGCCUAGGGCUAUCGAUGACUAUUGCUCAUAAGAUUCCCCCCCCCCAUUUCAGUGGUGGUGUGCUUAAGUACACAGAUGGAAGCCAUUGCGCCCAUGUCUUGAUUGUUGGGUGUCCACCUGUAGUGGCUGGCCACUCUGCGAACAGUAUGCAGGAAUAGACAGGUCUUUGGCUCUUCCCAUGUUCUUAUUCAUAUGCCACUUUUCUUGCAAUAGAUUUCAGGUAGUUUAGAAUUUAAAACAAUGGCGUAUGAUCCAAUUGAAUUCAUAAAAAUGUGGGGAAGAGAAAAAUGAGUGCAUUCAGGUAUCAGUUCUUCUAUAGUACUACAUAAGAACCAUGUGAAAUGGUCACUUCAGGCAAAAUGCAGGUGAGGAGGAAGAGGAGGAUCCAGUUACAGUUGGCCCUAAGCAGCUAAGCUGAGGGAGAGCUUGCCGUGUCACCUCUUCAGAUCCAGCCAGGUGACCAUCCCCAAAUUCUUCAGGGAGAUGUGCAGUGUUGAACUAGAAACAGUUGCAGUCAGUCUUGAGAGCUGAAGGAAGAAAGUAAUGAAGAUGUGUUCCUCUGUGGCCCUUUUUAUUUCUUAACUUUGCCCAAACUUCAGAACUUUGUACAGGCAAUCCAUUAGAGCGGAACGACUGUCCUUCAGUGCUUUUAAAAUCAGAACCUGAAGCUUUCUUCCUAUGUCACGGAAUGUGGGGGUACAACAAAAUUGUGCAAUGUGGACUCUAUAAAGUGUUUUGUUGUGCGGAUUUGCCCAAUUACAUAGUGUCCAUUCCAGCACAGCACUUACCUGGGUAUAUGAAUGGGUAGCGAGGAUACUGUCCACUACUGGACCAGUUCCCACGAUGAGGUUAUAAGCCGUGUGUUAACACACCACAACCAGGUUUUUUUUUUGGUAACUGCAUUAUUCUCAUCACGUAGGGAGCAACCAUGAGAAAACAAAUCUUUUUGACCCAUCCUGCUUCCCUGUUCCUCCUUUCCUGUUUUGGGAGGGUGAAGACCAAUGAAAUAAGCAGAACUUUGCUGAAUGAUAGCCAGUGUGACCCCUGGAGCCUUAAACAAAAGCAUCUCCAGUUAGAGUUGGCAAACUGGGGGAGGAAUAUUCAUGUGACCCUUUCAUAUUUUCACAGUGAGGGUAUUAGGUUGGCCUUGAUUGUCUUCCUUGUUCUGCAGCCUGAAUAUUGGUGCUGCUGCAAGCAGAAGAGACUGGCAACAAGUCUUUGCCACUUUAGUAUCCAUAUAAUUUUAGUCCAAACAACACCUUCACCUUUUUUCUCAGUCCAUGCUUCUAGCCAACCAGUUUGUCCUCCUGCAAGGGACCCUAAGCGGCUCAAGUGGGACAAAUCUUCCCUGCACCCUUUUUCCUCUAGGCAUUCAAUAUUUUAUGGCUUGUUUUAAGUUUCUGUUCUCUGUUGUUUUACUCCUACAAACCUCCCUCAUUUCUCAGGGGCCCCAGCUUGCUUGCUUUCCUUGUCAACAUUCGCCACCUGAGUUUGCUCAUAGACCAAGUGUUUAUGCAGAGUCUCCAAUCUAUCUCUCAGCCUGUAUUGGCUGUCCUGAAGUGCUAAAAUACAGCUUGAAGAGUAAUAUGCAUAUAGACACUCACGGCCAUAGUUUAAACAGAUUCAAGGCAGCCUUUCCACUAGAGUUUGACUUGUUUUUAAUAGCAUCUUGUCAGCUUCCCCUUACAUAGUCUGAAAAAUCAGAGUAAACAGUGUUCUGGCACAAACCUGUCACAUCUUUUCAAGGAAAGAGAAGAGACAGGAUUCCAUACGUGCCCUAAGACAAGGGCUCUGUUAUUUGCUGCUAAACAAGAACAAUGUUUAGACCUCAUGGAAACCUUGUUUUUCAGGAGCAGAGUAUUCCCAUGAAAGACAUUUUUGGGACCUCAAACAAAGUGGUCAACUGGCCCAAUACAAGCACAAGCCUUUGAAAGAUAAUUGUUUACAGAGCGUUACUGCAUUGUCAGUGAUUGAUCACCCUUUUUCUCCCAGCAAACAUAACCACAGGAAGAGGCAAUGUAAGAACAUGGCAUGCCUAUAAAUGACUCAAGUCCACCUUUUGUUUUUAUCUUUCAGUUACCAUGAACUGCAGCUGUAACACUGAACUGCUAAAGCUUACUUUAAAAUGGUCAUCAUUAAAUGAAAAUAUUGGCCAAUUAUAUCACUUAUCUUGAUUCAGCUUGUUAACAUGAAGUUCUGAUAUAAUAUAAACAUUGCAAGCAUGACUUCCCACAUGGUAAAUAAAUAAUCCCAGCCUGCAGGUUUUAUGGUUAGUUCCCCAAUGGGUAGCAUCCAAUUAUGUAAUUCCACAAACUUGAAUGGUAGUCGUGAAGCUCCUCCAAAUCUGUUGCACCAAGCGGGUGCCCAUUACACUUGCCCAGCUAGUUAUGCAAGCUGAUGCACAACAUGCUGGCCAACGGCAGUGCAAACAGAAUAUGCAACUGGCUGCACAAGUUAGGCACAUUGUGUAAGCAGCUGAGCAUUACAGUUGCACAAGCUGCUGCAUCGUGGGCUGUCCAACAGUGAGGUGCAACCAUUUGCACAAAGGAGAUUGAUCCUGCUCUUGCACACAGUUGAGAACCCAGUUUCUGCUAGAGUAACAGCAUUUGUGCUAAGGGAAGAACAUUGAUACAACCCAGUGUAUUCAGAAAUUCAAGUGACUUCCUCUUCCGCUUCUAGAAUAUCCCUCUGGUCUUUUGUCUGGGAAUGUGUGCAUACUUUCAAACAGUGGAUGCUACACACUUCUCUCUCCUUUGGGCAAGACCUUGAAGCAUGAGGAAGCAAAAGCCACUUCAUGUCUUUUUUUUGACUGAUUGAAACAAAAGAGCUGAUACUGUUCUUCACUAGAGCACUACUAUUCUGUAACUUGCACAAUUUAUUAUUCUUUGUAAAUUUCAAUUACCGAGGGAGUUUGCCCCACAUGUGAGAAGCUGUCUACAUGUAACCGCUGAGGUCCAAUGAAGCAGAAUUACAUUAGAGCAACUUCCUCAGUGAAUUUUUGGGAAGGGAUGCAAAACUUUGUUCUUUUGAAAAGUAGAUGACUGGAGAGCAAGCACUGUGGUCUAGCAUUGGAUUUACUUUAAGAUUUACUGGUUAUCGUAUUGCUGUUUUUCUUUUUUGUUGGAAACUGCCUCAAGGCUUGGAGAAGAGGGUCCUACAUGUUUAAAAUAGAUAUGUGAAAUGGGCCAGUUCAUACAAUUGAAAUAAGACAACUUUACAUUGC